CUCUGGGGGCGUGGCUUCCGGCGCUCCUUGCUUGCAAGUAGCCGCGGCUUAGAGCGCAGGCGGCAGCUGACAGGCGCUUUUCUUCAGACGGCUGCGGCUGGAGCCCAGCGAGGCGGGCGGCCCCCUGCUCUCGUCCCCGUGUCCCGGCCCGCGAAGUUCCAGGGCGCCGGGGCAUGGAAGAGGGGAAGAUGGACGAGAAUGAAUGGGGUUACCACGGCGAAGGCAACAAGAGCCUUGUGGUGGCCCACGCGCAGCGCUGUGUAGUUCUGCGUUUUCUGAAGUUUCCUCCAAAUAAGAAGAAGACCUCAGAAGAGAUACUUCAGCAUCUGCAGAACAUAGUAGACUUUGGCAAAAAUGUCAUGAAAGACUUUUUGGGGGAGAACUAUGUUCAUUGUGGGGAAGUUGUUCAGCUGCCUUUAGAGUUUGUGAAACAACUGUGUUUAAAAAUACAGUGUGAAAGACCAGAGUCUCGUUGUGACAAGGACCUGGACACACUCAGUGGUUAUGCCAUGUGCCUUCCCAAUUUAACCAGACUUCAGACCUACCACUUUGCAGAGCACCGGCCGAUUCUGUGUGUAGAGAUUAAGCCAAAAUGUGGGUUUAUACCUUUCUCGAAUGAUGUUACCCAUGAGCUGAAACACAAAGUGUGCCGAUACUGCAUGCACCAGCACCUCAAGGUAGCAACUGGAAAAUGGAAGAAAAUAAGUAAAUACUGUCCUCUCGACCUCUACUCAGGAAACAAGCAGCGUAUGCACUUUGCCUUGAAGAGUCUGCUGCAGGAGGCGCAAAACAAUCUGAGGAUAUUUAAGAAUGGCGAGCUGAUUUAUGGUUGUGGUGAUGCCCGGAGUCCUGUGGCUGACUUGAAGGAGCUUGCACACCACCUGAAGCCCUUCUUCUUCCCUUCCAAUGGCUUGGCCAGUGGGCCUCACUGCACGAGGGCUGUGAUCCGGGAGCUGGUGCAUGUUAUCACCAGGGUGCUGCUGAGCAGCGCAGACAAAGGCCGAGCAGGGGCCCUGAGGCUUGGGCUCCAGGGCCCACGUGUCUGUGAAGCCAGCCCUUUCAGCAGGAGCCUGUGUCACCAAGGAAAAGACACCCCAGAGCACUCGGGGUUACCGAAGGGCUGUCUUCUGUACAAAACCCUCCAGGUGCAGAUGUUGGAUCAGCUGGACAUCGAAGGCCUCUACCCUCUCUACAACCGGGUUGAGAGCUACCUGGAGGAGUUUCCUGAAGAGAGGAAAACAUUACAGAUAGAUGGGCCUUAUGAUGAAGUAUUUUACCAGAAGCUGCUUGAUCUGUCUACUGAGGAUGAUGGGACAGUGGCCUUUGCAUUAAGGAAGGUGCAGCAGUACCGAGUAGCCAUGACCGCCAAGGACUGUUCCAUCAUGAUUGCACUCUCCCCUUAUUUACAGGGCACAAGAGGUUAAAAAAAAAAAAGACAAAAGGCAGCAUAUGUGACUUCAUGAGGCAUCAAACUAGAGGAAAAAGCACACAAUGAGUAAAGAAACGUAACUACAGGAUUGUGGUGUGUGCCAAGAACUUCCCAGUCUUUGCAACUGCCCUUCUUCGUCAACCUUUCAAGGUGCUAUGCUCUAGGAUACUGUGCUGGAGGAGCAGUCUCCAUGUCUCAUCUGCAUCAUGAUCAACAGGGUGGGCAUGUUGCUCACUAAGUCUUAUGGCUUACACACAAUGAGCUCUGACUCUGUUCUGAGGGAUGUUUCUUGUGCUUUUCCAUUCUCUUGGGAUUUCAAUGUAUCAAGCAAAACUGCCUGAACAUACAGAGGUUUUAAUGUUGCUCUACCUGCUGUCGGCUCAUUUGCAUAUAACAAAGUCCUCUAUAGUUCUUAUUUUGAGCUACGGUUUGUAUGCUUUGACUCAACUGGAGUUAGCUGAAUUGCAUUUUAAAUAAAUGGACAAGAAGUACAGCUUAGACAUCUUUGUUACAUGAAGAUUUUAGUUGUAGACAUUUGUUUUUAAAUAUUUUUGAACCUCAUUUGUCUUUAAAAAACCUUUCUCUAUUAAUAAUUCAGCUUGGGUCAAUUAAAAGUAAAUAAUGUAUUUAAACAAUAUUUCAGUUGGAAUGUAGGGUUAAAUAAACUUGCAGUGACAUAGUAAUUUCCAGAAGCCGAAGCUGACCAAAGAAAUAGAAUAGGGCUGUAUAGUUCUUAGCUCUAUUUGGAAACAGCCAGAUGCUGUAUUUGAGGUCUGGGAAGGAUAAGGCCCUGGAGGCCUGGAAGCUUGCAUAACAACCGCUGCUUAUGCAGCCCUGGCCAGCAGCAGGAAUGGAAACAGGGAGUGUGGGCCAAGACAGUCAAGCUGCAAGUUUUCUUCCCCCGCUUAAAGAAAGAACAGCCAAAAACAGAUUUCAGUUUUUAAAAAGUUAUACUUCAGUUGCAAAUAGGAAAUCUAUGUUUUAAACACCAAGCAUCUUUAAUACAACUCCUGUUUACAUAUUUGUAACAGGAAGAAGACAUUCCUUAUUUACAAGUACUGAAUACUAAGUAGACAUGUUUUACUGCUCUUUACCAAACAAGCAAACACACUAAAGAGAAACUGAAGUUGGAGCCUGAGAACAAAACAAAAAGCCUUUAGAACAAGCAGUUAGUUUGUUAGUUUAGCAGCACUAGAGCCCCUGGGAAACUGUGCAGAUGGAUGGCUUCACUCAACGCCUCUUCAGAAUGUCCAGUCACUACUGAAAAUUCUCUCAGGGGCAUUUGCAAAUAGACUUGGGUCUUUUUUGUCCCACAGAAUGAGAUAAUAAUGUUCUCAUAAAGAGAUUAUAUUAACAUAUGGACAUAUGAAAUCAUUUACUUAAUUACAACUCACAGCAAGGAAGGGCUCAAGUGCACCAUGGUCUCCUGAGGAGCCAGUCUGUACAUUCUUAGAGAAAGAAUCUGCUCACUUGUUAGUAAGAUGGAGGGGGAAGUAGGAGUGAAACAAUAUGGUUUGUGUUUAUCAGAUAAAUAUAUUAUUUAAAAACAUAUUAAUACACCACAAUUAAAAGCUAGUAUAGCCACCCAGACAUGGCAAGCCUGUGUAAUCCUAGCACUUGGGAGGCUGAGACAGGAGGAUGAUUGCAAGGCUGGUUUACACUGGUAAAUUCAAAGAGCAGCCAGAGCUGUAUAGUGAGACUCUUAGAAAGCACAAAAUAAGACAGAAUACAAACUUGAAAAGCUUCAGAAUGUGUAGUUCUUUUUUUCCCCUUUUCUUGAGAUAGGGUCUGAUUGUAUAGCCAUGGCUGGCCUCUAUCUCAGAGACCCACUGGCUUCUGCCUCCUUUAGUGCAUCAUGCCUGGUUACAUGUGGUUGUUUUCUAUUUGCAUUAUAAGACGAUUUCAUAAAAGAAAGCAGCUAAAAUAGGCUUUCAAUCUGAGCUAUAAUAAAUAGCUGGAAAUAAAAAAAGAGAUCUAUAUGAUACUUCAUCUGAAACCUUUACAAGUAUAAGUAAUCGUUUAUUAGGAUACCCCAUAAAAAGGCAGACAAUAACAAAUGAGGUGAGAAUAUGGAAAAGGUGUUUUAUUCUGUAAAAUCAAUCAGAUAUUUCCUUUGCUCUUUUUAAUGCGUAUUAUGCAUUCUGAAAUGAUCCAUUCACAUGGUAAGCAAAGUGAAAAUCAUUUCUUUAAAUUUCAUAGAAAGAUAAGCUAUUCAUUUAUUCAUAGCUGCAUACAGGUCUGCUUUCCAUGGGAGUUUCACUGUUGGAAUGUGCUAUUUGCAGUGGUGUGAGUCUUUCAGCUUCCUGCAUCAUUAAAUCUGAUCCCUGACCCUGUGACUUAAUCCCACAUGGGUUACCCUUGGGAUUAUCUAAUUUUUGUUCUCACUUGCCCUGUGCCUCUUUCAGAGAGAAUGGUAACAUCAUUUGAGUCCUGCUGGACUGGGAAGAACCAGGUGUCAGUCUUGGUAACAUUACUCUAAGCUUUUUCCCGAGCCCAUGUCCUGGGGGUUGGGGCAUGGAGAAGAAGAAGGUGCAAGAGAAGGGGCUUUUUUAGACAUACAGCUGCUUGUUCUUUUAAUUUUCAUAAAGCUCAUAUAGCAUAAACUAUUUAAAGUGACCGAUUUGCUGAAACUUAGGACAUUCGGAGUGCUGUUUGAGCACCUACUACCUCUAUUCCCAAAGCAUGUUUACUACUUCCAAAUAAAAGUCACACUCAUCAGUUAGUCCAUUGCACUCUCCCCUCUGAAAACCCCCAGUAGCCCACACCUAUUCAUUUCAGUUUUUUGUAGGGGGUGGGGGGAGGUUGAGACAAGGCCUUUGCUGUCCUGGAACUUGAUAUGUAGACAGGCUGGCCUUGAACUCACAGAGAUCCACCUGGUUCUGUCUCUCCAGUGCUGGAAUUUAAGGUUUGUGCCACCACAGCCAGCCCCUUCACUUAUGUUUCUAUGAAUUUAUCUAUCUUACAUAAUUCAUAGAAACAGGACCGUAAAUACACAACUUUUAGUGUCUGGCUUUUUCAGCAAAGCUUUCUAGACAAUUUAAUAUUUCAUUUCUUUUAUGCCUGAAAAAACAUUCCUUUGUAUGUAAAUGAAUUUCAUUUAGAUGCUUUAAAAAAUAACAUAUAUAUUCUUGUUGAUAUUUUCACUUUUUCCUGCCCUAUUUCCUGUGAAUGGAUCAUUCUUUCUUGUUACUUUCUAUGCUUUUUCUUUUUUGCUGUUGCUGGGCUACAUUUACUUUUCAUGAGGAAGGUUUAUUUUGGUUCAGUUUCAGGGGUUACAGUGGUGGGAAAACCAUGACAGCUAGACUGGCUGCAUCCACAGCACUGGAGUGUGAGGGGCUUGUUCAAACGCUGUGGACAGAGAGGGCAGCAGAACUAAACUGCUUCUUUGGAAUACUGGAGUCUGAUGACUCUGGCAGUCAUAGUCUUCCUUGCCCUAAAGGUCAACUGAGAGAUAUAUAUGCAUGUUUAGCAACUUCCAGCCUGAUGUACUAUGACUGUAGUCUUCUAUGUGAUCACUAUGGAGUCUCUAGAGUACCGUUAUAUUCAUAGCCAAUGACCCAGCAGAGUCCUUUGAAUGCCUGGAGCCCAGAAGAAAAGAAAAACAAAACAAAACAAAAUUCUCCUGGCCUUUGGAGCUUGGCAUUGAAGUGGGCACCUUUUUGGUGCUAGGAUAGCCCAUAUCUCUGCCUUUACCCCAGAGGGGUAGGCCUGGUCCCUGUCUAGUCUUUUCUUAGCAGGCAUCAGUCCUGGGCAUGCAUGGUGUACUGUUUUUCUUUAUGUAUGCAGUGGCGUUUCCAAACAUUAUUUCUCCCCCCUCUUCCUCUUUCCAGUUUUUCUUUCUUUUGGGGGGCUGGCUAGCCGCUAUAUGACUUCUCUGCAGUCCCUUGUCCCGGCAGGCUUUGGGAGCACAUGAAGUUGUACAUCUCAGAAAGCUGCUAUUGCCAGGGGUCUAAGUAUGACAGACCAGGUGCUGCACUGCUCUCCUGCGGAACCAUCAAAGCAGAUCAGAACACACAGCACAGUAUUGGAAAGAUGUUUGUAUCUGUCCCCUAACUCUAGCUACAUCAAGAGUGUGGGCUGCUAGCCUCAGGGCCACUGCCAGCAUGGAGAAGAAUUGACAAUGUUUUCCUCUGAAAUCCAGUGGCUCUCUCUCACCCAGCACUCCUCAGCUGCUGCAAGUAUCUGAUUUGAUCCCAGGGUUCGUCAUGGUUUAUUCUGUCAAAUUUGGCAGUUUGUGGGGGUUUUAAUAGAGAAACUGAUCUUGGGGUGCCCUGCUAUGUUAUUUUCUGUGACAUCACAAUGGUCUGUGAGUUUCAUAAGCAAUACAUAUAAGUUUGUCAUACAACAGUUCCACUCCUAAAAAUCUAACCAGAGAAAUAAAGCACAUCUGUAUACAAA